CAACAUGUAAAUGAGCUAGAAAGCGUCAGCGUCACGUCUUCGUCACGGUAUUCACACCGCCCUGUGUAGAGGUGGGAACUGAAAGCCCUUCGCUUCUUUCGUGUCCGCCAUUUUAAAGAACGCAGGCGGUGGCUCGUGAAGGUUACAGCGUUCUCUCAGUAUAGCAAAAGAAUUAAAGUCAUGUUGAUAAACCACUUUAAACAUUCCUGGAACCUGAUUUUCUGCUACAGAACAAUGUUAAUUGUUGACCAUUUUCACAUCAGUGUCCUCACAUGGAGAUUUUUAAAAGGACCGUCGUCUGACCUGGAGGAGUUACUGAGAUCUUUACGAAUUCCGUCCGUGAUUCGGAAAGAGGGCAAGGAAUCUCUGAGGCUUAGUAUGGAGUGGAGACGAGCACGGCUGAACAACAUCGGCAGGGCUGAUCUACCAGAGUCUAAAACCAAAACAGCUUGUGUUUGGAGUAAUCAUUUUAUCUCAGGAGCGCCAGCAAAAUUAUACGAUAGAAACAAUCCAGACUGGGGACCCACUCAGGAAAUGGGCUAUGUUUCGUCCAAGAUAAAUGACGAAUUCAAGAGGGUGACAACAGUUAGCCUUGAAUCGACAUUUAUGGCCAGUCUUGACCAGUGCACCCCGAAGCUGAUGACCUUAGUCCAGUCAAAGGGAGGAGCUGCAGGACUGAAGAUCAGGCAGAUUAAGGACAGGCUUCUUGAGAACAACACAGUUGAGCGACGGAGAGAAGCUGCCAUUCGCUGCCUUGUGGUAUAUCUUGGAGAGAAGGAGGAGGACCUUUUCAAAAUGUACAGUGACAUGGAGGAGCUUGAGGCAGACCUUGUGAUGCAGGUGAUGAAGAUUGCCAUCAUCAGUGAUGGGUGUGCAACCAUUGUCAUCGAGGGAACCAAAGUCCUGGAAGGGUUUGAUGUGGCCAGAUCCUGUGCUUUGCUGAUGGGCAUAAUAUAUGCUCUGAACCUCAGCUAUCCCAAGCAGUUGAAGUUCACCUUUGAGAAUACUUCACCAUACAAUGGAUGUAGCAGAAUUUUUGCAGCAUGCGAUUCCAUGCUGCUUCCGGGUUUCCCUGUCUCAGUCCCUCGCCUCAUAUUUCCGGCUGAAGUCUGACUGGAGUCCCCCGGCACCCUACUACGGAAUGUCACCCUAUGGGAUUCAACCUUCAGUGUGACUUCUAUGAGGACCUUCAAGAGCCCAAGCUACCAGAACCCCUCUGGGUUUAUGCACCCCAAGUGCAUUGUGGGAACAUUUUGCAGCAACAAGUCUGGUCCAAACCAGUCUGGACCAGGUCUGAGCUGAACGCCUUCGACACUUAACGUUAAAUGUCAGUAAGAAUUCCAUCCAUGAUUCAGAAAGAGGGCGAGGAAACUCUGAGGCUUGGUACGGAGAGGAAACGAGCACAGCUGAACAACAUUGGCAGGGCUGAUAGAGUCUAAAACCAAAACAGCUCAUGUUUGCAGUAAUUAUUUUAUCUCAGUGCGAAUUCCACAAAGUGACAGAUGUGGUAGAAAAGGAUCAUGUGAAAAGGUCGAGUAUUUUUAAAAGUGCCUUGCUGAAAUUAUGAUGUUUUGCUGUAAUUGUUGUGUUUACAUGCUGCUGCUUUAAAGGGCUUAUAAGCAGUGAGCUUUCCUCAGGUUAGCACACUUCUUUAACGCAUACAGUUUCAUCAGUACUAAUAACUUUCUUGAUUUACACCUCAUAUCAAUGGAUUAUUGGAUUUAUUGUUAACCUCAUAUAGUACAGACAUUACUGUGUGUUCCAGAUGGUCGUUUUUGUUUUAGGAUAUUUGCAGAUUUGUCAGUCAGUGUUCAAUUCAUCCAUUCUGUAUAGUGAUCACUCAGUGUAUUCAUUAAAGGUUUUACUAAUAAUCGUUUAAAGCAUUAGAAAAUUAAUUUACUGAGGAAAUUUAAUAAUAUCACCUUGCAGUGUGGGGCGGCACGGUGGUGUAGUGGUUAGCGCUAUCGCCUCACAAUAAGAAGGUCCGGGUUCGAGCCCCAUGGCCGGCGAGGGCCUUUCUGUGCGGAGUUUGCAUGUUCUCCCCGUGUCCGCGUGGGUUUCCUCCGGGUGCUCCGGUUUCCCCCACAGUCCAAAGACAUGCAGGUUAGGUUAACUGGUGACUCUAAAUUGACCGUAGGUGUGAAUGUGAGUGUAAAUGGUUGUCUGUGUCUAUGUGUCGGCCCUGUGAUGACCUGGCGACUUGUCCAGGGUGUACCCCGCCUUUCACCCGUAGUCAGCUGGGAUAGGCUCCAGCUUGCCUGCGACCCUGUAGAAGGAUAAAGCGGCUAGAGAUAAUGAGAUGAGAUGAGGCCUUGCAGUGUUAAAAAAAACAGCACCAUUUUCAUGCGUUGUGUGCAAUACAGACUUUGACCACAAGAUGGGAGCAGAGCACAAAACAAAUCAGGGCCUGGUUCUGGAUCAAUGUGAGAAGGUUGUGAUUGUGGAAUUUUUAUUUUAUUUUUUUAUUUUACCAACUUUAUUGGACUGUUACAAAAUAAACAUAAAAAAAGAAAUAAACAUAAAAAUAAACAUAAUAAAGUAAGUCAGCUCAAAGGGGAGAACGCGAACGGGUGACCCAUGCAAGGCGUUUCCCUGAAGGUAUAAAAGAGAAAAAUCAUACAAUUAAAAUUAGACUAAAUUGAUCUGUGGCAACCACAGUCACGGUACACAGACCAAGUACAUGAAAAGUCCGUAUUAUAGGUGGAGGUCAGUAAUUCAAAGUACAGCUCUAACAGGGAUGAUUUAAAAACAGGUAGGCUACGGAAUUUAUCUGGGGAAAAAUAUUUACAUACAUAGUUCCAUGGUUUAACAAUCCUAUUGAAGAAUGAGGCCUGAUAAGUUGAAGUUCUGCAGUGUGCAGGUUUUAAAAUUAAUUUCGGAUUUUGGGCCCUAGACCGGUCAUGAGUUACAAAAGACACGUAGAGGUUUACGUUCAAAUCUGUUUGGCCAUUAAUGCAUUUAUAUACAAAGACUAAGUCUCUAAUCUCCCGAUCAUAAGUCAGAGGAAGCAAGUGCAGGCUUCUGAGUCUGUCUGUCUGUGUAAGUGGCAUCCCCAAUACGCUGUUGUAGUAUCCAGCGCAUUGCACGUCGUUGGACUCUCUAACAGGCUUCUAAGGUUGACACUAGCAGGGGACCAUACAUCAGACAUGUAACAGAGCUGUGACUUGACGAGCGACAAAUAUAAAGUCUUCCUCACUUGAAUUUCCAUCAGCAAGGGACAGGAUCUUUUUAGAAAGCCAAGCAUCUGAUUAGCCUUGUUGACUAUUGAGCAGACGUGCGAAUCCCAUUUUAAAUUACUUGAAAUAACCACUCCCAGGUCUUUUUCUUCGUUAACUCGUUGAAGGCACAUGCUGCCCAGGUGGUAGUCGUGAAUGAUUGGAGUUUUUUUCCGCGUGACGGUCAAUAUUUUGCACUUGUUGGCAUUAUACUGUAUGUUUGAUUCAUAACUCCACCCCUCGGCAUUGGCUAGAUCGCGCUGUAAUUGCUCGCUGUCUUCGGAUGUCAGGAUAGUGCGAAAAAGUUUUGUGUCGUCUGCAUAUAGAGCGACUCCAGUUUCUUUAUCCACGACCUUGGGAAGAUCGUUGAUAAAAAUAGUGAAAAGCACAGGACCAACCAGGCUGCCCUGAGGCACACCAGAGGUCACGGGCAGAGGCUUAGAGACCGUGCCGUCAAUUACCAUUCUUUGUGUUCUUCCCCCAAGAUAAUCUCGAAACCACCCUAGCGGACACCCAUCGAUACCGUACCAUUUCACCUUUUCGACCAGGAUAGUAUGGUCAGCACAGUCAAAAGCUUUUGCGAAGUCCAGAUAUAAAAUGUCCGAUUGUUUUUGUCUAGAGCUUCGCCGAUUUUGUGAAGUACGGACAGAAGUUGUGUGAUGCACGAGCGACUGCACACAAAGCCAUGCUGGAGUGAUGUUAUUAGUUGUGAGAUGUGAUCAUAAAGUCUGUUGCAAACACAGCGCUCCAAAACUUUACUUACAACUGGAAGCAAAGAGAGAGGUCUAUAAUUUGCAGCAGGCUCCUUUGAGUCCUUCUUGUGAACAGGAGUGACGUCGGCACAUUUCCAGUUUGAAGGAAAGCGCCCAGUUUUUAAGGAGCGAUUAAAUAAAUCACAAAGACUUGGAGCUAUUUGUGAGCUACACUCCUUUAGAAUACGAGCAGGAAUUCCAUCAGGACCAGUGGCUUUUGUUACAUCUAGAUUUGAUAGACAGUCACGCACUUCGUUGACGGUUAGCGUUAUUUCAGCUAUUUUUUCAUCUGAUCUCAAGGGACAUGUAUAACCACAAAACACUUUGUCUGAGCUGGGAGAAGUGAAAACGGAACAGAAAUAGUUGUUAAACAUUUCCGCUUUAUCUGUGGGCUUACUAGCGCUUUGACCGUUGUGAGUAAUCACAGCGUCUGUAUUUGAGCGAUGGUGCAGAAUUGCUUUGUGAUAGCUCCAAAACAGUUUUGGGUUGUCCCGAAAAGAUCCUUCAGUCCUAGCCAAAUAGUCACGAUGUUUACAUUUAACUAGGGUCUUGAGAUCAUUGCUAAUAUUUCGAAGUUUUUGUUUACGUUCGGACGUUUUGUUUUUCCUAAAGUUUUUUAGCACUUGAUAUUUCUUCUGCAUAAGAUACCUGACCUCACCGUCAAUCCAAGGCAGAGUGUUUGUAUCGCGUAUGAUUUUAACUGGCACACACUCUUCUACCGCAGUUAGAAACAAAUCUUUCCAUUGAGUCCAGGAAUUAUCGACAUCGUCCGAUAGAGAUACGUCAAGUGAGACCAGUUCCAGACGUCUUCUGAGAUCAUCAAAAUCGGCUUUACUGUAGUCGUACGUCUUACGGCGCACAGUUUUGGAUCGUGUAAAUUUUAGUCUUAUGAAGAACUCUAUCAGAUAGUGAUCCGAGGGAAAUCUGCUUUCAGCUGGAGUGUAUGUUGUUACAUCUUCAAUAACCUCCAGAAAGUUACACAGCAACAGAUCUAAUUUGUUUCCCGCUAUGUGAGUUGGUCCCUGAAUGAAUUGACGAAAGAAAUUAUCCUCCAUAAGAGUAUGAAACGCCUCAUCUACUGAAGAUACGCCCGUGUUUGCUGGGGUAGAUUCGUCUGGAGACCAGAUGACAGAACAAAGAUUGAAGUCUCCGACAAGAAUAAAACAAGCUGUCUCGGGUGACUCUUACAAAGAGAGGUUGAACUCAUGUAGAUCCUCAGGCCCUGGUUCAGGAUGAUAAAAUGUAUAAAGAAUAACCGGUAGAGCUCGACGACUAUGAACUCAACAUUGUCUCUCUCUAGUUCUUGCCGGCGUCGAGUCUUGAUUUCGGGCUUAACUGCAAUAAGUACGCCCCCGCCAGUUUUGUUUACUCUAUCCUUGCGAAAGAUAGUGUAUCCUGUAAAAAUCUCCGAAGAUAAGACUGACUCAACCAGCCAUGUUUCACUAAUGCAAACCAUGUCAUAUGAAUUUUGGUAGACCAACUCUUGCAGAAUGGCUAGUUUGCAUAUUUUACGUGAAGGGUUCUCUUCGAGUGGAAUGAGAGCCUUGACACUUCUAGCAUUUAAAAAUAGCGCGUUUAAAUCACGCUCAGAUGGAGCAUUAGAAGGGCCAGGGUUGGGGCUCACGUCUCCUCCGAGCAAAAGCACGCCACUAGCGAAUAACUUGAGAGCACGAGAUCUUGAAUUGAGUGACAGUGAAUCCAAAAUGGCCGACUAACGGUGGAGAGCCAAAGCGAAGUAGGCUUCUGAUCCAUAUGGCAAAUAGGCAGCAUGUGACGGGCUGCCAAAUAAAACAGGACGUAGAUGGUGUCUUUCUAGAAGAUUUUGCAGAGGUGUUUUACAUCUGGCUAAAACUGUUAACGCACACAAUGCAAGACAAAGCGAAGCUAGGAAACUGGUUUUCGGCAUUUUUUGUGUUCAGUGUAGAAACAGGAAGUUCUUCCCCUCUUCUUCUUGUACUUGUACAUUUUGUUGCAGUGCUUUUUACACAUCCAUGGUUUCCUCUGCUUGGCUCCCAGAGUGCUGAUCUCGGAGCAGCCGUCAUAAACACAGCGCUUCGGCGCGUUCUCGUCGCAUGGCUCAGCCGGGCUCGGGGCGCUCUCCCUUGGCUCGGCUGUGUCCAGCGCGUCGCUCAUUACUCUCUUCUUAUCUUUAGCUCUUAAACUCGGUUUACUCGACUUCAUUUUGGAUCCUACGUACAUCUAUCUUGCACUAAUAUCACUCGACUAAGACUUUUCAUAAAAGCAAACGAAUGGGUUUACAUGUAUAAAAUAAAUAUUUUACCGGAGCACAUGGGAUCUGCGACUACUCACGUCCACGUCGUAAUGACGGAACACUGAUUAUGGCCCAAAUGACCAUCUUUUUACAGCAAACUUUCAUCAAUUAAAAUCAUUUCAUUUUCUCCCCUAUACAAUUUAAUUUGACAGCAAAUAUUAAUAUUCAGGGACUUCCGGUGUGGCGGAUGGAGGAGUAAGCAGCAAGCCGGGAGGGAUCUAUAGCCAUUUGACAUUUAUUUAAGACUUACUACAUCAUUCACUCGCUAAAACCUGGUGAGCUCGCUUUCAAAACUGACUUAAAACUGACACCCACCAUAUCCAGUUCAGCAUGGGCAGAAAUAGAGGUUAAAAAAAAAAAGCCGAAAAUGGGAGCGAGGACGGACAAGAUGACGAAUUAGCAUCUAAGCUAAUGUCUAGCGGCAACCUCGCACACAACGAGGGCAGCAAACCGGUGGUUUCCCUGGCUGACACAGAGAAGCUGCUCACCGGCAUGGAAGAGCGAAUUAUCGCAAAACUGACAGUGGAAAUCUCCUCCAACUAUGCCACGAUUGCAAAACAUGACCAGUCAGUGACCGACAUCAAAGGGAGAAUAUCCAAAUUAGCAGCUACAAUUAGCAGCUUCCUGAAGGAAAAUGAGCGGCUGAAGUUCAAGACUGACGACCUCAAGAAUAGAUCCAGGAGAUGCAACAUCUGUAUAAUAGGUAUAUCGGAGAAAGCUGGGGGCACCCAUCCGACCUCUGCCAGGGAGCCAGACACGAGUUUAAUACCCCCGCCGAGGCUGCUGCUAUUCUUGAAAAUAGACAACCUAUAGGAUGAUUACGAGGUAGAUUGUGUAUAUAUAAAUAUCGUGAUGGAAGUAUUAACAACUCCUCAGUAGCGAUUAAGUUUAUACCUCUUAAUUCUGUUAAUUAAAAGUUAAAUUGCAUACCUCAAGGCAUUAUCAAUACUCAUAGAGUAACGCGAUACAACGGCCCCUUUUUCCUGUAAUAUCUUUAAUUCAUCGGCACAAUCUGACCAGUAAAGUCAUUUGUUAUACAAGUAUUUGGUUUUAUAUAAGGUUCCAGGUCACAGAGGUUUGUUUGUUUGUUUGUUUUCGUUCAGUUACUGUACCUCGAUAUCAGCGAAAGCAACUAAGAAAUAAGGACAUCUAUUUUUUGCUCUAAUAAGUUCAUGUUGGCAUGGUUUAUUGUACGUCACGUUAAAGCAGAUACGCAGAGCCUUUAUUUUUAAAUACAUUUCUAAAUGGAUAGUAUCUCCAUCCUCGACUCUUGUAUGCUGCAUAAAUGGGGAAUAAAAAUAUAUUUUUGAGAGUUAAAAUCGACUGCAAAGUUGGCAUUGGAGCUGCCCCGCUGAGCCAGCCAGCCCUGAGUGUGUGACAUCACAGCGGUAACCGGUUUUAAGGCAGAGGCCUUUGACAGCUAUAGAGCAAAGUCAUAUCAAUAAAAAUUUAUGGUGAAAGUAAGAAAUACUGUUACCGAUUUGCUCAGCUAAGACUGAUUUUAGGGCGGCACGGUGGUGUAGUGGUUAGCGCUGUCGCCUCACAGCAAGAAGGUCCGGGUUCGAGCCCCGUGGCCGGCGAGGGCCUUUCUGUGUGGAGUUUGCAUGUUCUCCCCGUGUCUGCGUGGGUUUCCUCCGGGUGCUCCGGUUUCCCCCACAGUCCAAAGACAUGCAGGUUAGGUUAACUGGUGACUCUAAAUUGACCGUAGGUAUGAAUGUGAGUGUGAAUGGUUGUCUGUGUCUAUGUGUCAGCCCUGUGAUGACCUGGUGACUUGUCCAGGGUGUACCCCGCCUUUUGCCCAUAGUCAGCUGGGAUAGGCUCCAGCUUGCCUGCGACCCUGUAGAAGGAUAAAGCGGCUAGAGAUAAUGAGAUGAGAUGAGAGUCGGAACUUACCCGUCUGUGUUCUCGCUUCUUGAAGGACGAUCUUGUGGCCGAUUGUUUUGAAACAAUCUGACUUUCAGUUGUUCGUUCAGUUCUCCGUUCAUUCGCUUCUUCCCCGUAAGUGCGAGAUGGCAGCAAUAUCCAGUUGAGAAAUAAGACAGUUGCUCCACUCAUUCUCCAUUUUCUCCAUCCUGAGUACUCCGCCAUUACUGCUCGGUUCAGGCAAUUACUAAAACCUGGGAUGGAACAGGACGUCCCUGGUUUUAGCAACAACCGCGGGGAGGUCAUUGCCCGAGCGAUAUGUCCCGUCCCGUUCCAUACCGUCCCAGGUUUUAGCAACAACACUCAGCUCACUCCAGGAGAACUGAUGCAACUGAACUUACUUUCCUUUUUAAAAAUAAAUAAAUACUUUCCUUUUCUUGUAGUUUCAUUUAAUUGUUGGUACUGCACCCUCUUUCAAUACAGGCUUAUUAAGGCUGUAUUGCUAGGCUGACGGAUAACCCCAACAAUCCUCAACAGAUCAGAGGUUUUGUACGAGUCUUCAGUAAAAUUUGUAGAGGAGAGACCACUUCAUAGCCGCCCAAUGUGCCCGUGAACAACUCACAAAACGUGUCCAAAUCUUUGCAGUUUGAACAUUCUUGGGCCAACGUAAAUCCACCUUCUGUUGUAUUGCUGCACUGUCCAGUAACACAUCUACGUGACAUGGCGAUAAAUUAGCUCAAAAUGGAGGAUCGGAGUUGCAGUCAGCUCUGUGUUUUAGUAUAGCGGAAAUGGCGAUGAGACUGAUAGAUUUCCUGCUGUGACAUUACAGACGUCAAGGUCAUUCACUCAGACCGCUAUCUAUAUAAAUCACCUUAAUCAUCAAAAUUACUAUAUUAGAUUUAUUGUUAAUAUUUAAAACUAUUUCUGUGCCAUUCUUGAGGUCUCAAGGCAUUUAUAAACAAAAGUGAGGCCAUGGUUCUGUGUAUCUCCUUUAAGCUGUGGGUACUUGUUUAAAAGGUUUCUCUGUAAUUCUAAGAGAGUUGUCAGAAGUAUAUUCUUAGAUCUUAAUGACAUCUAACUGUAUACUUUUUUAAUACCAGCUCUGAGGUUAUUAUUUUUGUUGCCAUCAUUCUUAUUCACUCAUUUAUUUUUAGAUUUGCACUUAUUUAAUUUUAUCUUAUUUAUGAAUUACUGUAUUUUACUUUUUUUAUUUUCUCUAAUUUUAAUGUUUUAUUUAUUUAUUUAUUUUACUUUUUAUCUUUUUCCACUGGCGCACACAGAAUGACUGCUGGUCGACAUAGAUGUCAGUUAGGAAAUUGUUCUCUCUUUUUGGCUGCCUGAAUACUUAAGAGGUAGCGACUUACCAAGCCUGAAUACAGGUUUUCUUCUGUCUCAUAUCUGAUUUUUCAUAAGGACAGAGUUCAAAGUGCAAGGUAGUAUCAAGCACUAAGCGAUGACCAAAACUAGGAAAUGGGUUAAUAAGGAGUUGUAUCUAUUUCUUCUUCUUAUAAUUAUUUUUAUCAUCAUUUUCCUUUUGUUCCUUUUUUUCCCCUUCUUUUCUUUUUGUGCACCCCCCCACCUCUGCUUACUGCGCUGUGUACUCAAACAGGAUAUCAUCCCUUGGCUGUCAACUUGCUUCCCCCUCCUUUAUUUCUACUCCUUAGACUAUCAUGGUAGGUCAGUCAUAUAAAGUGACCGAUAACCCCACUAAAUUUGUGUCUUGGAAUGUCAAAGGGGUUAACAAUCCAGUCAAAAGACAAAAAGUCAUGUCUCACUUGCAACAUUUGAAGGUUGAUGUGGCAUUCCUACAAGAAAUUAAUUUGUGCAAUGCCAACAUUGCCAGUCUCAAAUGAAACUGGGUUGGUCAAGUGUAUCACUCCAAAUUUAAUGCAAAAGCCAGAGGGACAUCGAUAUUGAUAAACAAAAGCAUCUCUUUUCAAUCUGAAGAGGAAAUUAGCGAUCCUAAUGGGUGAUAUAUUAUUGUUGUUGGACAGCUCUUUAAUAACCCAGUGAUUUUUGAUAAAUUUAUAUGCCCCUAAGUGUGAUGACAGCAGUUUUAUUUAUUUAUUUAUUUAUUUAUUUAUUUAUUUAUUUUUAUUGUUCUUGACGAUUCCCAAGCUGGAUAAUGGAUUUAUUAUAUUAGGGGGAGAUUUCAAUCUCAUAUUAGAUGUCCUAUUGGACAGAUCGUCAAAAUACUUACUAGUAUUUACUAGUCAAGACUUACUAGUCUUUCUAGGUCAGCUGGGGUUGUGAGUGACUUUAUGAAUCAAUGUGGUCUUUCAGACGUUUGGAGGUUUAAAUUCCCCCAUACCAGAGCUUAUUCCUUUUUCUCUAAUGUACAUCACAGCUAUACCUGUAUAAACUAUUCCCUGCUCAAUAAUAGACUAUUACCUGAGGUUAAAUCCUGCUCCUAUAACAGCAUUGUAAUAUCCGACCACAGUACCAUUUUUAUUUGAGUUAGUUCUUCCAAAUCGCCCUCCCCCCAACAGAAUCUGUAGAUUCAACCCUCUCAUAUUAUUGGAUGAUAAAUUUGUAGAGUUCAUCUCAGCCCAAAUAAAAUUUUUCUUGGAGACAAAUGCUUCCGGGUGGCACGGUGGUGUAGUGGUUAGCGCUGUCGCCUCACAGCAAGAAGGUCCGGGUUCGAGCCCCGUGGCCG